AUGGCUCCUCCUCAAAAGGUCGUUGUUGUUGGUGGUGGUCCGGUUGGGGCCUUAUCAGCUCUGUAUGCAGCGAGAAGAGGAUACGCGGUAGAGCUAUACGAGCUCAGAGAUGAUCCAAACUACGGAAGCCAGAGUGCCCGGCCAGACAUCGCCGUUAUACCGCUGGCUCUUUCAGAGCGCGGAAUUCGAGCAAUUGCUGAGGCCGGUGUUCCUGGACUCCUAGACAGAAUACUAGACAACUCACGACCCAUUGACACUCGCAUGAUUCAUACAAGAGAUGCGCAUGGAAACAUCAAGAACAUACCAAUGGUAUAUGGACCUCAGGGACAGGUAAAUAAUUUGCGCUGUUUUUGA